ACACACAAAAUUAAUCCAACAAGCAACUGACUAUGGGAAGAAACAUUCUAAUCCAAACUGCUUGCUUUAUAAGGACAAAUUAAGCCAUUAUUCUGUAGUUGAAUUUCUGAGCUUGAGGCAUACUUCUAUGCUAAGAAGGAUCAACAAUGCAAGGGCUUCUACAGACAGUUCGAUUUUGGACAACAAAGCAUCCGCAAGGUUUGAACGGUGCAAGGCCAGAGACAGGACUGCGCAACACUACGGUUGCAGAGGUGCUAUCAACCAAAGGGCAAGACAAGGCCGGGUCCUGGCUCUGGUGUCGGACAGAUGACACCGUCUGUGAUGCUAUCAAGCAAAUGGCUCAGAACAACGUAGGGUCUCUCGUGGUUCUGAAUCCGGGGGAGCAACAUCAUAUAGCCGGAAUUCUAACGGAACGAGACUAUUUGAGGAAGGUGAUUGUGCAAGACAGGUCCUCUAUAUACACAAAAGUUGGGGAGAUCAUGACUAAUAAGGACAAGCUAGUGACAGUAACAUCAGAUACAAGCAUUCUUCAUGCAAUGCAGCUCAUGACUGAGAAUCAGAUUCGGCAUGCCCCGGUUAUAGAUGGGAAGAUAGUAGGCAUGAUUUCCAUUGUGGAUGUUGUGAAAGCUGUAGUAGAGCAGCAACAUGAAGAAUUGAAGCGACUAAACGAGUUUAUCCGAGGAGAGUACUAUUAAGCUCGUUCCAUAAUUCAUGUUGUACAUCGAUAAUAUAUAAUCAAAUGUCUGGUUUAUCAUACUACAAUUAAUAUAUACUCCCUCCGUCAUAAUACA